AUGGGACUGGGCGCCGUGGAACAGGGGGGCGGCGCUCAUCGGGGAGCUGAGGGAGCCAGCUCUGGCCUUGGCCAGUCCAGAAAGGGGCUUCCACAGUGCAGCGGUGGGCUGAAGGGCUCCUCAAGUGCCACCAAAGUGGGAGCCCAGGCAGAGGAGGCACGGAGAGCGAGCGAGGGCUGUGAGGACUGCCAGGACGCUGUCACCUCUCAAUAUGGGAGGCCAGCAGGAGUUGUAGAAGAUGCAGAAACUACAGCAUGGUCAGCUGAACUUUGUGGAGCAUUGCUGACACAGCAUUUCUCAGAGAGUACUCCAUCAGUCUGCUCCAGACCUGCUGAUAAGCCACUUACACAAGCUGGAGUGAAUAUUGCAAGUUCAAAACUUCCUGGACGACAGCAGUUGAACUGGAGUGGCUCAUUUCACUCAGCCCACCACAGGCCACUCCUUGCAACAGGGAGCCUGCAAGCAAGCGAAUGUGGAAACCAGAGGGAACGAACUCUGAAACCAGCUGACCACUCCUGUCUGGCCGGAGUAUGCUCUGUGUGCGCCCUGCAGCAGUGUCCAAGCCCCUGCCCUCUUGGCACUUGGGUUCUUGUUCUACAUCCAGGAAGAAUCAGAUCACAUGACGGGAUUAAAAGGGUCCAGACAGGAGAAGACUCUGCAACAGAUUCAGGCUGCUGUGCAAGUGGCUCUGCCUCUUGGGCCAUAUGGCCCACCUUAUCCAAUAGUGCAUUAAAUGUCAGCGGCAAAAAAGAAUGCUGUUUGGAGACUUUGGCUGGCUCCUAUUGAUGAAUCACAUCACAAAUGCUUCAGAUUUGAAGCAAAGCUCUGCCAUCUUUUAAGACACAGCGCUUGAUAUGCUUCCAUGCUUUAGUAGAGACUGAAUGCUCAAUGUGGGCCACUAAGUUACCACGAGACCUGAGAUGCCUAUCAUGAACUGAGAGAUAUCUGACCCACCAAACCAUAAAGUUGAGCUUAUACAACAGUAUUCUAUCAUCAAAUGAAGGUGGUAUAUACAUGGUCAAGCCUGAUCAGAUCGUGAAAGUAUAAGUAAGUUGCAUGAAGUGACCCAAAUGCCCAUGGUCCCCACUCCUGCUACAGUAUGUUUUCUCUCCCAGUCUGCAAUUACAGGCUCAUGGAGAUUUUUCUACACUGAGUUAAUGGAAGAAGAAGAGUUGGGUCUUGUUUAUAGACAAUCCUGCAUAAUAUACAGCAACCAUCUGAAAGUGCACAGCUGCAGCAUUAUAGCCCCUUUCUGGGACAUCCUUGAAGGAGAGCAGUGAAGAAAAAUCCUGUCAGUGGGUAAAAAUUUUAAGCAGAGCACCUGGAUGUGCACUUCACUUGGAAGGAAAAAUGACCAGACAUGUGAUUAUAAAUCAAUUCUUUGCCUGUGUCCAAUAUUUUGCCUCAAUAUCCCAGAAUUUGGAAGGAAGAUAAUUGGAAGAGUGAUGGUAAGAAAUUUUGAAGAAGAGGUAUAUGGAUAGACCUCUCCAAACGGGCAAAGACUUUGAAGAUAUUUGUCCCAUGUGAAUACUUACCAAAGAGUGACUUCAGUAGAGGAAGAUUAAAUAAUGAAGUGGAUAGGGUAACCUAUUCUGUUGAUACCAAUUGACCUUUUUCCCCAGACAUCCUUGUCAUCAUUCAGUGGACUCUUUAAAAAAGUGGCCAUAGUGGUAAGGGUGGUGAUUAUGCACGAGCUUUGCGAAAUGGCUAUUUACUAAGGCCAACAUGGCUAAAAUCACUGCUGAUUGAUGCUAAUUUUAAGGGCCAAUUGGACACUACUCCACUACGAAGAAAAGGAACGGUAUGUCUGGUAUAUAACAAAUCUUUUAGAAUGUCUUUUAGUAUUUCCAUGCCCGGUGAUUAAGUUCAAUGGAAAAUUACAGUGACCUAGUCCAGGCAGGACUACUAAUGGUCCAGACCCUUCAGGAAUAAGGUUUUAGGUUAUUCUACUAGGUGAAGAACCAUGAGAAGCUGAGGUGCUGCCUGAAGGCAAAGGCAAAAUCAGGUGCUUUGAGCUAAAAGACUUACCUCUCUUUGAAAACAGAAGAUUGAGACUGAUUUACUGGUACGGAUAAUGCAAAAGCAAACUACUCAAUGCCUCCACAUCUUAGGGGAUUGUCUUUUGAUUAGUGGUGCCAGAAGGUCGG